CAGAUUUUAGAAGUAUGCAUGCUCUGAGAAACACACAGUGAUGAAGUGAUACACACCAUCUUCUGCUAGAAUAAAGGAACACUGAGGAACUGUGUGUACUAUGGGUGAUGUUUUUAGAAGAUGGAGGUCAGGUUGGGGUUUUCCCACUACGCUCUUGUGUGUUUAUGGAUUUUUCAGCUCAGUGAAACCGAUAGAACCGUUUCUCAUCAUCUACAUGACCGGACCUGAUAAAAACCUCACCAUGGAGCAGGUGGCCAAUCAGAUCUUCCCAGUGUGGACAUACUCAUACCUGGCCGUCCUACUUCCUGUCUUCCUGCUCACAGACUGGCUACGCUACAAACCUGUGAUUGUGAUCCAGUGCUGUGCCCUUUUCUUAACCACAGCGAUGUUGCUAUGGCUACAGAGCGUAGGGGCGAUGCAAGCCAUGCAGUUCAUCUACAGCGUGGUGACGGCCUGCGAGGUGGCGUACUUCUCCUACAUUUACAGCGUGGUGGAUUUGCAGUUUUACCUAAAAGCCACGUCCUUCUGUCGCGCUGCUCAGCUCAUCGGCUACACCGCCGGUUCUGUCGCCGGACAAAUCCUGCUUUCGCUCGAACUAAUGUCGUACUACUACAUCCUGGUGUUCACAUUAGUUCUCAUCUCCAUUUCCUCCAUCGCUGUGUUCCUCCUGCCAAUGCCCAGCACCAGCAUGUUCUUCCACCAGAGUAGACAGAGAGAGGAAGGAGGAGAUACGAAUGAGGUGGAAGACUGCAAUGAAAAAGAAAAGAGAGUAAAAUCGGGAAAAGUGGAAACAGACUGUAACAAUGAGAGUGUAGAUGUAGAAACGAUGGAGAACAAGCAGAAGGACUCACGGGAGGAGAUUCAGGAAGAAUCUGGAGUAGAUGUAGAGAAAUCAGCUUUUAGUAAAACUAUGCUUCAACUCUGGUGGGAUUUCCGAAGCUGUUUCUCGUCCACUGAGAUGCUGAUCUGGUCCAUGUGGUGGGCCAUGGCGACUUGUGGCUACAAUCAGACUGUGAACUAUGUUCAAGCGCUGUGGGAAACCGUGGAGCCGAGCAAGAACGACACGCUCUACAACGGAGGAGUCGAGGCCGUGUCCAACCUGUUCGGUGCGGCGUCAGCAUACGGUGUUGGGUUCAGCCACGUUAACUGGUCUCGUUGGGGUGAACUGGCUCUCGGCUCUCUCUCCGCCCUCAGCAGUGCAGCGCUCUAUGUCAUGGUCUUCAUCUCCAACAUCUGGGUCUGUUACGUCGGCUACAUCGUCUUUAAGAGUCUCUAUAUGCUGCUCAUUACCAUCGCCAUGUUCCAGAUUGCUGCUGGUUUGUCUGUAGAGCGUUAUGCGCUGGUUUUUGGUGUCAACACCUUCGCUGCUCUCGUUCUACAGACGAUCCUCACAUCCAUCGUGGUGGACAGCAGGGGACUCGGUCUGGACGUCAUAACACAGUUUAUUAUUUAUGCCUCAUAUUUCUGCUUCAUCGCUCUGAUCUUCUUUGUGAGAGGUUUGUACAUACUGUACCUGCAGAGGGCAAGGCAGAGAGAAGCAGAGCUGAACACACACAGUGACGAAGGACAAGCUCACGUAAAUUCAGUGAAACUCUGAUCUCUGAAAAUAAAAACAAACCUAUAACAUUUAUUUAAGUUACAACAUGUGCUAUAGGACAAAUACAUUCUAUACUGUAUGGAUAAAUUACAUAUAAAUACAGAACAUCUGUGUGUGUGUGUGUGUGUGUGUGUGUGUCUGACCUGAACUAAGAGUCCGAACGCUGCUCCGUCAUGACAAUGUCCCUGUGUACAAAGCAGCCCCAUGAAGAUGGUGUGGACGUGAAGGUUGGAGAGAAGAUCUCUAGUGUCCUUCACAGAGCACUGACUCUGACUCAACACCACUGAACACUUUUGCAGAGCUCUCAAGUUUUGAAGACAGGCAAGAGUGACAAAAAUGUUUCACCAGGAUCACUGACCACAUUUUAACCAAAUACAAAGUAUUUGUUCAAUUUCCAUUUAUUAAUGUGUGUGUGUGUGUGUGUGUGUAUGUGUGUUUACUGUGUGUGUGUGUGUGUGUGUGAGAGAGAGAGAGAGAGAGAGAGAGAGAGAGAGAGAGAGAUUAUGACUGGUGGUGUUUAUUGUAAGUGUUUGUUGCUGUUUUGGACUCCUUUAUCAUUUGUAAUGUUGCUCCCAUAUAAAACAGUUCAGCACAAGCCCAGACAUUUUUAGGGUCAUGAUUGAGGACAAUAUCCCAUCCAGAGACAAACUGUUUCAUGUUGAGCUUUUGUUCAAACCGACCAUCAACAAUACCCUCGCUAAUGAAUAUGUUUUUUUUUCAUUGUUUGUUGCAUUAAAUCUUACCCAGAUACAA